UUCGCACAGCUGCAGUUUAGUCACUUUAGGCAAAGGGGAUCAUCUAUAUAUAUAUAUAUAUAUAUAUAUAUAUAAUACAUGUGUAUGGAUUAUAAUUCAAGACAAAAACUCCAAAGCGAUAACUUUUUAGAUUGUUGCACCGUUAAAAAGUGUGAUACUUUGCUUUAUUGAAUUCCUGUUUUAUUAUUAUUUUUUGCUUUACUAGGCUAAGUAGUCCAUAUGGUUCGUUUCCCAAGCAUGGACGACAAGUGUGCUGUUUUACAUUUAUCGCGUCUGCAGCUGGACGACUUGAACUUGGAUCAUCUCACGGAUAGUAAAAGACAACAAAUCCAGCAGCUGCAUCUCACUUACAAUCGGUUAUUGCUUCUUCCAACUUCCGUUUGUUUUCUGUCUAACCUGGAAUAUCUGGAUAUCAGCAGUAAUGCGCUCACAGUCAUACCAGAUUACAUUAUGCGCCUAACAAACCUGAAGACGGUUGUAGCAAAGAACAAUCUUCUGGACGAGUCCUCGUUCCCUAAGGAGUUCGAGCGCAUGCAGGUAGAGACUCUGAAUCUGAGUGGGAACAGGUUUGGGGAGAUUCCCGUGCAGUUUCUCAAAAUGACCACGCUACAGUCCCUGUCACUUGGAGGAAACAGAUUGAAGAAUAUCCCUGCAGAAAUCAAGAACCUGACCAGUCUAGAGUUGCUGUAUUUGGGAGGGAACCUCAUCUCCUUCAUCCCUCCUGAGGUUGCUAACCUCACCAGUCUGAGAUAUCUGGUUCUGUGUGACAAUCGCAUCCAAAGCAUACCGCCCCAGCUCAACAAACUACACUCCCUGCUCUCUCUCAGUCUCCACAACAACCUACUGACCUUCCUCCCUCGUGAGAUCCUCAGCCUCGUCCAUUUGCAGGAGCUCAGUCUGCGUGGAAACCCUCUUGUUGUGCGCUUCAUCAAGGACAUGACCUACGACCCUCCAUCCCUGAUGGAACUGGCAGGACGCACCAUCAAGUCCCAGAACCUUCCAUUCAGCUCGUGUGACCUACCGUCCAAUCUGAACCAUUAUUUAAACCUGGCUAGCGAAUGUCCCAACCCAAAGUGUGCAGGUGUUUACUUCGACUCAUGUGUGAGGCACAUCAAGUUUGUGGAUUUCUGUGGGAAGUACCGCCUGCCGCUCAUGCAUUACCUCUGUUCCCCGCAGUGUUCCUCUCCCUGCAGCUCAAACCCACAGAGCGACGCGGAGUCAGAGGACGAGAACAGCGUCCCUGCAGACAGGCUCCAGAGAGUACUGCUGGGAUAGGACAGACAGACAGACCUCCAACAGAGACAGUUACCUGUCAAUGCAUUUCCAUUUAAUGCUUAAUUUCAUGUUUUUGUAGACCUAUAAGUUGGGUUUUAAAACCGUUUUAGUGACUCAACAAAAAAAGCACUGGCUAUUUAGCUUAACUAUAUUAAUACAGGUAGGUUUAAACUGUAAAUCAAACUUAAAGUGAUAGUUCACUCAAACAUUUUGUCAUCAUUUUCUCACCCUCAUGUCACAGAUACUUUUUUGGAUGAUUUUAGAAGAUAUUUGAUACUGUAUAUUGUCACAUGGACUAUUUUUAUAGUUCUUUUAUAGUGUUUUUGUCUGUUUUUGAUCAUUUAACUUUUGCGUUUCAUGGAGAACAAAAGCAAAUUGGUUUGAAAUUUCAUGAGGGUGAGUAAAUAAUAAAAAUGUGAACUAUUCCUACUAAUGUUGCUCAUUAGGCAUCUGAAACUUUUGCAUCUUGCCAAAAACAGUAUUUUGAGUAGGUCAGCUUGACAUGCAAUCAGAGAACAAACUGACUGCUUUGCACUUCUGGAAAAUGUGAUCAAUAAGUGAACAGUUACUCUUUGACCUCUUCUUUGUAUUGACUGUUAAUCUGCCCUAACUUUUCUGUCCAAAGGUCAGGUUAUGGACUAUGAUGGCUACUUCGCACAAUUUGAAAAUGAAUGGAAAGCUAUCAUCCAUGACACAACCUUGAAAAUAGUUACACGCUAAAGGACUCUUUUUGUAUUUUGUCUUAUUGUCAGAAGUUUGGCUACAGCGAACAGGUUUCAGAUCAGUAUUAAAUGGUUUACUGUCUCUAAAAGAGCUCACAGUGACCUUAAUAGUAAUAAAACAUAGAUAUCAUUCUCCUUGAUGAUAACUUAUCUGUUAUGUGCAGUGGCGGCUCGUGGGUUUUAAAAAACUAGAGGAGGCACACUAAUUGUAUUGGUCUGGGAUC